UAGUCGAAGAAGAAGAAGAAGUGGUGGCUGGCAAUAGUCUUGGGGAUGGUGUCAGCCAGUGAGUAAGUCACAACCCCAGUGCCAAAAACCGAGUCUUUUAUGACUUCUCGCCGUGACGUCAGACUGCGGCACUUCCUUGGCCAGGCAUUUUCUUUGGUCUAGCUGAACGGCAUAUGCCUUUGGCCAGGAUAUUCUCUUGUGUUCGCACAUAUCUGGGCCUUCCAGUUCAGUUGUGCAGCCGCAAACAAGCCAUUGAGGGCCAGGACCUCGUCUCUAACAAUCCAGUGGGUGGCCAGUCAUUGAUGGAUGGAACAUCGUGACUCAUGGGGAUGCUUCAACAGAAGUAUUCAAUGGGUUGGGUUUGCUCGUUUGGUCCGUCAGUAGGUACGGACUUAGUGCUCACACCUUUCCAAGGAGAGGUUUGGGAAACUUGAUAAGUGAUGGCACCCAUUAGUGAUAACAACUCUAAUGGGGAUGAGAGCGAUGGUGGGGAGGGUGGGGAUACAGAUACCGUCCAAGAUUAUCACCAUCUUCACUAUGGGGACAUCAAGAAGCCGGUUCUCAUGGAGGAUCCCGUCAAGGAUCAAGCAUUCCUCUCCAUGGUGAACCGAGCAAACUCCUCCCCACCACUCGUGCUUCCGCCCAAAAAGAUUUCGCCCCCGCCCUAUUCUGUGAGAUAUUCAACAUCAUUGUUAUCAUCCUCCUCUAUACCGUCGACCCAAUCAAGCACGGGCAGCAGCAGUGAAUACCCAAGUUAUUUGGCUACGGUGCCACCGCCUCCCCCACCACAAUAUACACCCAUGGGUUAUCCUGGCCUGUAUUCGUCUGUCAGCCAGGGGUCGACUAGUGAUUCAUCAUCCGUAGAUUUUUCAACCAGCGACUCCUUCACGAAUACAUUUUUGCGAGGCAUUCUAACCUCCAUCGAUAGCAAAGAUCCGGUUGUGGCUCAUGCCUGGCUUGAAACACUUCUAGAUGCCAUCGAUCUUUUGCCUCCAGAGGCCAUCAAACGGGAAAUUGUUGUCAUUGCAAUCUCGAAAGGCCAACUCUCCCAAAGUGUGGCCUCGAGGAAAUCCUCCUGUCGUCUUCUAGGCAAAAUUGCCACCAAACUCGACCAACUCACAGUUCAACAAGAAGUUCUUCCCACCACAUUGGCCCUGUGUCAAGACCCCGAACCCGAAGUCAGAUUCUGCAUGUGCCGUCAUGUUGGGUUCGUGUCUAGAGGCGUUGGCUUGGAUAUCACGAAAGCUGCCAUCCUCCCACAACUAGUCGAAUUGAGCAACGAUGAAAAGAGUCAGGUUCGCUUGGCGGCCAUUGAGACGGUGGUUCAUCUUUUGAGUCUCUUGGACGAUGAGACUUGCACCCAAAUCAUCGUGCCCCUCGUGAUCAAAAGUUGCGAGCAAGCGAAACACCUGGAGGAUGAGUCUCUACCCAGCAUUGCCCAUUUUCUGGGUCGUCUGUGCCAUGGCCUUACUCCUAACUUGAAGAAUGAGCAAAAAAAGUGGUUCAUUGACUUCUAUUCACAUCUUUCACUACUUGGCGUUCAGAGUUCGAUAGAUGAGUCUGGAAAGCCAAUGCCUGAUAUUGUCCCAAUCCCAGACAAGGCCAGCAUGUACAACGCUUGCCGACGGGAAUGCGCCUUUAACUUUCCGGCAAUGGUGCUUUUCAUUGGACCUCAGAACUUUCCAACUCUGUUGUAUCCGAUAUUUAACAAUCUGGCCUGUGACUCCAGUCCUCAGGUCCGGAAAACUCUAGCAUCGAGCCUUCAUGAGGUGGCUAAAUUGAUUGGAAACAGCUUCAGCGUGACAAAGAAUCAGAUCUCGAACCUCUUUGCCGAUAAUAAUGUGGAAGUGCUGGAAGCGAUGGUAACCAAUUUGGUGCAUGUCAUUGAUGCUCUUGCCCGAUUUGGAGUGCUUCAAUUUGGGCAAAGUGGCCAAUACAGUGAUGAAUUAAGUUCGGCUCUGCUGAAGUGUGAGCGUCUUGUCAGUCAAACCCGAAAUUGGAGAUUACAUGCCGAUUGUCUAGAGAAGUUUUCGUGUCUGGCCAAUUGCAUCAGUUCUCUAACCAUUCAGAGCAAGUUCAUACCGAUGCUUUUUGAACGAAUGUUGAAAGCACGUCCUUUACCGUGUCGAACGGCUGCCGCAAGGACAUUGCUAGUCAUCCUUAGAUUCACCAUCAAAAUGGAAGACCGAACGCAUAUUAUGUAUAGGAUCAAAGAAGAGUUGGCUCACAGUAAGAACUGCCACACACGAAUGCUCUUUCUGCGACUUUGUGAGAUGUCCAUUGCGCUAUUCUCCCGAAAUUAUUUCAAGCAGCAUUUCUUUCAUAAGCUGCUGUGCUUAUCCCAAGACUCGGUGCCGAACCUCCGUUUGAAGCUCUGCUCUUUGUUACCCAAAUUGAAAUCACUGCUUUAUCUGCCUUCAGAUCGAAGCUUAUUGCAUCAUUUGGAGGAUACAGUCAAGGAACUUUUGCUCCACGAACAAGACCGAGACGUACUGAGUGCAUUGCAAAUAGCAAUAGACGAAUUAGAUCGCACAGAGAUGGGCGUGGAUGGCGUGCCAAGUAUGGAUGCUGAAUUAGACCGAGAAAACGACAGGAAACUUCGGGAGGAAAGACUAAUCUACAGCAUGGAGGAGCAAAUGAACAAAAUUUAUAGUGUGGAAGCAUCUCCAAAUCACAAGAGGUCUCCUUCGCGAAUUGGCGAAGACAACAAUGGAUCACAGUACUCUAGUUCACAUGGAAGGUGGGCCGAUUUGACGGAUUCGCGAAGGAGAAGUGAGAGCUUACCACCAAAUCUUUCCAGAACCACUGGAAAUAGGACGGAAAUCCUAAGAUUGGAAACCAACGAGGGAAAACACUUGGUUGGCAAGGGACGUUUCGAUUCGCCAGAACCAUCGCAAACGUAUUCCCCAGAUGUGUCUUUGUCAUUCCGAGAUCCAGUUUCUGCCGUCAUGCCUUCGGUCAAUCGCGUUGCCAAUCCCUGGGUGUCCAAGUCUGCGAUGAGCUCUGGAAUGAGUACGACCACAUCAAUCACUUCUGGCUCUGCGGGCAGUAGUUUGAUUCCUCAAAGCUCUUUGGACCAAAAUGGAUCCACCGGAAUUCCGGCAGCAUACUCAAUGAGCUUGGAAAAUCUCGACCCCUCGGCGAAAGAGUUCCUCGUGGAUGCUGGAGUUACCCUUGAAACGACCAACUUGCUUUCUUCAGCAUCAAGUUUGCCUAAUCUCACCAAAAUCGACCAAAAUGGCAUCCAUGGCGAUAUCUUAAGUAAAUCAAACAGCCAGGGAUCCGCCCUUCACAAGCCAUUAGAAGGCGAGUUUUCAAAGUUUAUGAUCUCAAGUGAAGAAAUGAUGAAGUACGAGGCAGAAUAUAAGAAGGCUUCGAUGGAGAUCGCAAAUCAAGAUGCCGCGGUGAAAGCCGCAUUUGUGAGCAUUACAGCCACAUCGUCAGAACCAACGAAACCUAAAUCCGUCUCAAACGGUUUGGUUACCACCGCUUCAUCGUCAGUAUCCAGGAUUCCAAGCAGUCUACCAACCAGACAAAGUAGAUCAGAGACCAAAACCAGAAUCCUAUCCUCACCUUCACGGGCACCACCGAAGAGUCACCUAAUCGUCAACAAGGAUGCCAUUUGCGUGUCAACAAGUCCAAGUACUCCAAGCAGUCUAUCAAAGCCCACCACGCCCAACUUGGCCAAUCAAAGGCCGAAUUCCAUGUCGGCUCCAGGACCUACUGCUGGUACUUCAGGAUUACCGAAGUUUUCGUUUACUGGAAAGUUUUCUUCCAGCACUGACAAGCUGCAAGAUUCUUUUGAACGAUUGGCCGAGAAGUGGGAGGCGAAGCGAAAGAAUCUUGUCAAUGUGUCUACAACAAAUGCUGUCGCAUAUUCCGGUUCCGGUUCGGCUCUGAGCGAUGAGACGCAGAGUUCCGGUUUGUCAUCGUCAGAUGUCCCAUCAAGAAGAUCGUCUGUAAUGGAGCACAAACUCCAGACCAUCAAACAGCACAACAUCCCAAAGAGGACGUCUUUAAUCAAGGCGCCAGUUCAGAAGCGUUUAAGCCUGUCCGAUCAAAUGGGCCUGGUAGGAAGACAAGCUAUGGAGAGGUUCAUUCUGCCCAAACGAAAAAGUGUCAACAUGGAAGUCGCAUAUGAUGAGGAUGGACCCGGUGGAAAUGAAAAGGCUCUCGUCACGACAAGUGGAGAGUCGGAGGAUGAAGAGACGAUAUCCAAUCGAUCCAACAAGUCCUCUGAUGAGGACCUGCCUCCCUAUCCAAAUAACUCAAACUCUGGGUCCGCGUCCGCCCUACCCCUACCCCCACCGCCAACGGCUGAGAUAUUUGAUGAUGGAAUGUCGACCUACGUACCCCCGCCACAAACGAUGAACUCGACCCAACGAUCUCAAUCACAUCUAGUGGUUAAACCACUAACUUCGACCAUUCCUUCGCGGUUCCCCAGUAAAUUGUCAUUUGCCUCAUCCUCGCUGAGGCAUGAUUCCCAAGUGCCUCGUUCUAGGGACAUUGGCACCUCGGAUUCGUCGACUGAAGCCAUGAUCGUCCCUUCUUUACCCUCGCAACGACCCUCCUUGCCUCGUCCCAAGCAACAGCCUUAUCCGCGUGAGUCUUCUUUGGGCAAUUACAACAAUAAUCCUCGAGAACCAUCACGUUCUACCCCAACCAAUAAUCCCCCCCUAUUGCACAUGCACAGUGCUCCUUCCAUCAAUCUUCGUUCUCAUAAUUCCCCCACCAAUAGAAGGGAGAAACAGUUUGAAGAGACCAUCACCCCUGCCAAUCAGACUGUUCCACGAAGUGGAGGGAUAGCCACACCGGAUGUAUCCGGGGUGGAGGGAUCCUCGUUUGUGCCGAAAUUCACGAGACUUCCUCCCCCUAAAUACCGUCCUCAGCCUCCAGCCUCUAGGCGGCCUCAUUCACAACAAGAUCAAUACUUGGAGAGGGGAAAUCAGGCGAGUAACGUUGUCAAGCAACACCAAGCAAAAUCACUCUCGGCUGAGAGUAUUUUGGACUCUAAUCAUCACCAAAUGGAUGGGAAAGGAUCCAGCUUAGGAAAUGUUCAGCAUCAGAGCAGGGAUGGACAAAUCAGGCAAAAUAGUCAAAACACGAUUUCCAGCGGUCGCUUUUCAUCUCCCAAUAUCAAACGGUUGAGUCAAAAUUCGACCAAUAGUGAUGGAAGUAGUCGCAGUUCUAGUCCACAUACCGGCGUUGGGCACCAGUACUUGGACAGUAAAUCUCCCAGUUCUCCAGACUCACUAGAGGAAGGAUUGCCGUCACCGGACAAAGAGAAACCACCUAUUACAAUUGCCAACUCAAUUGUCACUCGAAGAGCUGCAAGUGGAAUGAGAAUGUGGUCGAAUCCAGCGAGAGGAACCCGCAUCGCUUCUUCCACGGAAUCUCCAGCCACUCGAGGCAUGAAGGGUUCACCUUCCAGAAGUCCAAGUCCAAGAGGUCAUGUUCCUGAGCCUGCCCCAUCAUCUCCCUCUGGAAACGGGUCCUUAACCUCCAUUGCACGCCCUGUACAGAGUAAACUAAGACGUCCCAUGGCGUCAUCAAUGUCUCAUUUACCCCCGCCAUCGACAGCUUUGAACUCUCCAAGGCGAUUGGCUCAGCGGAACUCUUAUGGAGGUGGUCCGAUGUCCGCUCAAUCGUCUCCUGUCAAAUCCACUUACUCGAUGAUUCCUUCUCAGCGAUCGAAUGUCAGCAGCAGUGCCGGGAACAGCCGCGCCAAUUCCCCACCCGAACAGAGGCGUAGGUCGUCUCAUUAUCCCAAUGGCUCAUCUGGAUCCCAAGGACCAACCAAGUACGGAGGUGGGCACCAAACCUCAAACUUACCCAGGUAUCCUCGCUUUCAACAUCAAUCACAACCUCAAUUGACCACCUCACAAUCUGGCAAUAGAGGACGACCCACAAGUUUCCAACAACCUGCAGUCUCUAGCCAGUCCAGAAUUCCCCCUCCCACCGAAAACCAGUCAAAUUUGAAGCAACCCCGAGUUCCCGUGAGAGGACGCUCCUCGUUACUUGCCCCGGGUUUUUCUCACAGGAAUUAAAGCAAAUGAUCUUCCAUAAUGCAAGCACUCCUAGACCGUUGCAUUGGUUUUAACCUCUUUUUAGUAGUACCCUCCUCAUGGAAAGGAUUUGUUACUCCAAAUCAAUCUCGUCUCGUUACUUUGUCAGACUUCAAGUGCAGUUAAAUCGUCUUUUCGAAGGCAAAUGCUUAAAAACAAAGUAAAUUCUAUUAUUACCAACCUUUUAAUGCAGAGAGUAAAAGAACUAAAUCAAGCCUUUCAGACACAUAUCUGUCGAAAAAUGGACAAGAAACAGACCUUUGAUUAUUUUAACCAUUCUCCUUUAAGUUGCAAAUCGUUUUACGAACGCCUCUCCCAAGAAAACACUCACUUUGUUGUCAAACAUAUAUAUAUAUAUAUAUAUUUUAUAUACUUGGUGCUUCAUAUUAAAGCUUUCUGCAUUUUGACAAUACCUGAAAAUUCAACAGUUUUCAAGCUUUUCAAGCGCUGAACAGCAACAAGUUACAAGACGUUUAAAUCCCAUCGUUGACAAACAAACAGAUGUAUUUGUCCAUAAAAUUUAUGAUCAAUACAAAACACAGACCAUU